UCACCCCUGCCUCCUCUAUCUACGCAGUUGGCCACAAAAAACACCUUCUGAAAAAGCAGCCUCGAUUCUCAAGCUUGCCCUUGAGUGUGCUAAAAAACUAUCAAUCGCGAUCUUCGUUAGCCAAACAAUCAGUGAGAUACAGUGACUAUAAGGUGAACCUCGUGGCCAAUUCACCUUAUUAAGAACACCCACGUCGUAAGUCGUAAGUGCAGCUCUUGGUACUAGUCGCCAGUCUAUCGCGUGACUCACCGGAUUGUCCAAGAAGAUUUCGUCGAUUAGAUCGUAGAAUUCGAUUCGGUAGUGUUUAUAGUGUCAGUGUUGUAGUGUGGUACUUUGUGACGUUCGAAUGCCGGUGGCCUGUGAGGGCUUGGACCAGCGGCUCGCGGAGCCCCGCUGAAGAGUAGGGGCUACAAACUGCAGGCAUGGACGGCUGCACAAACAUCUUCUAUGACGACGACGCUGACGCUCAAUGCGAAAUGGGUCACUCCGAAUCGAAGGGAGCUAGAAAGAGGGACAAGAGCGUGGGCAACGGUAACGGGAAGCCCAGCCGUGGGGUCGCCACGUCAUUCGGCUUCCGACGACGACCGGCCAGCACCAGUCGCGCUGACGACAAUGCUAGGAGGAAGAAACCACAUGAUAAGAAUGGAAAUGGAGGGUCAUCAGAAGAUCUGCGAGCGGAGGAGGUCCUGUCAGGGCGGUCGACGCCCCUGGCGCGCCCGCGCAAGCAGGCUGCGGGGGAGCCCCUGCGCACAAAUAGGUUCGGUUUCAGACAACCUCACAGCAAGACGGCCAAAGUGGGAGACGUCAGUUUUGCAGCCGAGCCUGCCUUCAGCGUCACAGGCAAGGACAAGGAGACUGCCAUGAAUAACAAUGCCUUAGAUAAGAAAACCACUCCCGGUUACUCCAACCACUUGCCACUAGUGGCGACUCAAAUGACUUCGACAGGGGUCACCACCAUCGUGGGCGCCACAGGAGUACCCAAGACCGUCACCAAACAGACCGUCAUACUCACCUACCAGCCACAGCAGUAUCCUGUACAGGAGAGCCGCAAGGCACCAUCGCGGGCAGAGCCCCGGGCCACACCCAGGGCUCCGGGCAUCCCCGAUAAGCCUCCUGGGAAGUACACUUUCCAGACCAAUCAGCUGCCGCGACCACAGUACCCUGCCGUCAAGAAUAUCGACGCCAAGACUGCUAAGCAGGUGGUUAAUAACACAAGGAAAGCCGGUGUGGCCGAGGGAUGGAGGGAAGGCGCCGGCUCAGCAGUAUCCACUGACUCGGGGGUUUGGACCGGGGGUGAGGGGGGCGCGACGGGAGAUGGCUCCCCACAGUCACGCCGGCGCCCGCGCAACCUAGAGAUGGUGAUGAAAGGCUCGCACAGCUUCCAUUUACGUGAACUGCAAGUCGCCGAUCUUGAUAUCAUGGAUGAAGCCGUGGUCACCGGUCACGCCGUAAUUCCCCUACCAAAACUACCCAGCUCCUUCGACGACCAGCUUACUCCAGAAUACGACAUCUCCCCUACACCCACUUACAAGCCCCCAUCACCAAUCCUAUCGAAGCCCAUGCCCACUCCUGAAACCUCUCAAAGGCAAUCCUCUCCAAUGACAACUCUGGAGAGGUACAGGAAUAGAAACCGGCCCAGCAGGAUCCUGACCACGGAUUUUAAUGAGGAGAAGUUUGUCCUAGAUCGAGCUCAGCCGGAGCUACUUAACAAACAAAAUUCAUUCAUAAAGUCUUCGAGUGGGGUGGUAUCCCCUACCGCAGUGAGCUCUAAAGAGUCCAGUCCCUCGUGCAAGAGUGAAGAGAGCCACUUCGGAACCAGCAGCGCCUGGCACGCUGGAGAGGCUAUGGCCACCAGAUCCCAAGAUGACGUAUCAAUCGCGUUAAGCGUUUCAAGUUGCGAGGACGACAAAUCCAAGUUCGAUGCCAAGGAGCUCCCAAAACUGCCCGAGAUGGAGGUGCCAAAGAAGACCAUAGUCAUCGCGGAUGAGCCGCCGGUACCGCAUCCAUUGUUGAUGAAAUCCUUGACGCUGAGUCAGCAUGAUUCUCUGCGAGGGACUAUGAUGGGUUCAAUGACCAGUUCCAACUACAGCACCACAAGUACAUGCACCAAUCAGAGUGCCGAGCACCACAAUCUGACGCUCACCCUGGAGGACUCCAAGUUUGACAUGUCAGCGCUAGAGACGUCCACCCAGAGCCUAAUCGAUGACGAGACGUCGCCUGCUGACAGCCUCAUCUCGUCCACCAGUACCAGUGACUCUAAUAACGACCUACAAGCUGAAAGGGACCCACCAUCGAUAUCUUCUGCGUACCAGACAGCCAACACGAAGACCAGGUCUCCAGAGCCUGAAGCGAGAGACGGAGUCGACGGAGAUUUGCUACAGCCUGUCAAGGAAGUCAUUGAGAUAAGAAGCAUCAGUGGGGGAGCCAGCAAAAACGUAACACCAGAAUCGCCUGGAACACCAACACACGCCUCUGGUUCUCUGUCCCUCUCUGACGGAAGAGAUUUCUUCGAUGAUGAAAUUGCUGAUCAACCAGCUUUACUUUUUCGCAAAAAUACAGAUGGAAGUCCUUCGAACAAGACAGUAGAAUCCGAAGCAAGCAGACAAUUGAGAAGGUCCAGGGAACGCAUCAAUGCAAGUCCAUUAACACAAAGAAACAGAAAAAUGAUGGGUGUAAGGAACGGAGGCGCGGAACGCACGCCAUCUUUGGAUACACUGUCGAGUUUGGCUUCUGACGAUCUGAUGAUGGACAACGACCUGGCCCGGUCCAUCACCAGUCUGCAGAGCGUUGAUGACUACAUUGAAAGACUGGACAGCUCCCUGCGCAGUGGUCUGAACUCGCUGGACGAGCGGCAACUACGCCAGGAGCUGUCCUCCUCAAAGGCAGCCAUCAGGCAGUGGAGCCAGCUGCUGGAACAGAACAACAUGCUGGAUAAACAGUUGGCAGCCAUGGCGCAGGGGAAGAGUGCCCCUGACUCACUGACUGCUAGUAACAACAGUCUUUCCAAUAUUGGGGCCAGCCUGCCAGUGCGCACGGCGCGGUUACUCCAGCGAUCGCGAACGCAAACGCCGUCGGAGGCGGGCGCUAGUGACGGCUCCACGUCGCCUGCGCCCGCGCCGGCCACGUUGUUGCAGGAUGUGGUCGACAUUAAGACUUUACUAUUGCAGCUUAAGCGGGUGCUACAGGAGCCCGGGGAGGAGCAUCAUUCGAUGAGUAGCGAAACUCUCGACCCGUUGCUGGCGGCGUGCGCGGAGAGCCCCGCGCGCGGCAACGGGCGCCGCCCCCCGCCCGCCGCGCCCCGCGCGGACUCGCUGCCGCCCGACGCCUGCGCUGAGAUGCGCAGGCAGAUCGUCUAUCUGCAGAGUCAGUUGGAGGAGCGCGACCGGCUGGUGCGCGUGCUGCAGCAGCAGAUGCUGCGCUUGGCGGACAGCCACGAGCCGCGCGCCGACGACACCUGCAACGUCGGCACGCAGACUGACCGGUUACGGCCGCCGAGCACAGUGCUAUCAAGUUCUGAAAAUUCCGGUUUAGUGAGUUGGAAUGAACAAUCAAGCGCUCGGAAGCUGCCGGCACACAGUGAAGCACAAAAGACUAAGAGACCUCUCAACGGGACUGUCAAGUGUCAGUGUCAGUGCGCUCGGAGACUGAACGGACUCAGUAACGGAGACGAGAACGGACAGACAGACAAACGGACCGACGUACAACUCCGGGGAAACAGCCGUGUCGGCUCUAAAUACCUUCAAGCCUUAGCCAACAACUCCGAUAAUCGCAGAUAUAUCAAGCGCGAUUCAUCUGUGGGCGAAAAGAGCGAAAGAAAAUCCUUGUACUCCAGCAGAUCUCGGUCGAUAGAAAAUUUCCACAAUUCUAACUAUCAGCUAUAUUCUAACGAACCGCUCAAACAUGCAGUUAUAGAGGAGAACUCGCUCAUGAAGCAUCAGUCAUACGGAGACUUAUACAACGGUAGAAUCAGCAGCAAGGAAAGCGUCAACGGAAACAGACAUAGUCCAAGUCUUACUGGACAAUCUACAGACACAGAUUACAGUUCCGACGGUGGAUACAAAUCCCUUCCUUCCUCUAUCAACUGUAAUGGACACUCGCCUAAAAAAGUGAGUGGUAUUCCAAGAAGAUCUAUUGAACAGAAGUUCCUAAGCACGAAACAUGUCAAAGCAAGCGCUAUUUGAAUAUUCAUGAGCGAGUCCUAGCUAACUUGACUGAAUGAACGUUUCGUUAUAAUUCUUAUCUGUACGAAAUAAAAAGAAGUACUUAUGCUGGAAAAUUUCUGCGAAUGAAUUGAGUGAAUGUUCAGUAAUCGGAUCUUCGAUGAAUGUUUCUCAGAUCUCCCGCUUGACAAGCACCGUCGUUUCAAAAGACAGAUAUGAGUGAUAAAGGCUUUUAUGCCCGAAUGUGAUAUUGCAAGCAGACUUUAGACGAUGUUUGUAUAGUUUGCCUGUAUUAUCUCGUGAGUUUGUUUGUGGACAGUUUGGAUAUGCCAUGGUGUUGAUUCGAAGCGAAGCUAGCAUCGCUUGUUCGCAUUUACUUUCCAUUGCGAGGCUAAUUUUAUAUUAGUUAAGCUAUGUUUAUUGGAUGCCAAAUUAUACGAUGUAAUCUUAAAAGUCCUAUAAUAAAUGGUAUUGUUACAAAUUUAACAUGAGAAGGGAAGUCUAACCUUCGUACUAGUGAUCAAGGGUAAAAUUAAGUCUCUGGACAUAUCAAAGCUAUAGUAUAUUUUGUUUCCUUAUUUAUUGUACUUUUGAUCCAAAUAUAAACUGGUAAGCUAAUCAAAAAUUGAAUGGUUGGAAAUUUAAAAUAUUGAUUCCAUCAAUUAUUCAUUUUCUAUUUGUUACAAAAACUGACUCCCUUCUUGUGUUUACUCACAUGAAGUAAAUUAGUAAAGAAUUAAUUAUCGUCAUUUGACAUGAAAUGCAACUUGUUUCGUUUCAUAUUCGAUUGCAUUGCAUUUUUAUUAUAUAAAAGCUAUACAUAUACUUGGACCUCCUGUAUAGAACAGUUAGGGUUAUUCAACCAUGAUCUAAUUUUGUAGAUUUAAUUUACAAAUUUGUAUACAGGCGAUAAAAUGUUAUCUUAGAUUUUCUAUGGUAGACGAACUAGUAGAUAAAGCUGUAAUAUGUGAUAAGAGUGGCUGUAAGACCUUAUGUAUUUAAUUUUAAACAUUGUAUCUUCCUUGUUAUUCAUCAAUUAUCACAUGUAUGUAUCAAAAUUAUUAUCAUUGAUAAUCCUCGAAAGAUGUAUUAAAUUGAUUUGCCUUUUAUAGAGUUGUGUUUUGGGACUAUACAAAUAGGUAUCAUAUGGGGGUCAUACAAAAUGUUAAAUAUAAGAUUUUUUUGUUAUACCAUAAAGUGUCAUUUGAAGCAUUUGUAAAAUGAGUGUUAAAUGUAAUUUUGAAUUAAUUAUUACAUCUUCCACGGAGCCUAAUUAAGUAUCCUAAAUUGAUACCUAGACUUUAUGAAAUACCUCUAAUCCUUUACAAGCAUCCAACUUGGAUUUAUGUACUUACGACAUUUAUGUACUUAUGGCUACCUUAUCUGUUCGUUACGUUGCGCUUUCCUACAUUAGUUAUGUAAGUCUAAGCCCAUUAGCUUAGUAAAAUUAUAUUAAUUUAAAAAUUGAAGUUGUUUCAAUAAAUAUUUUAAUUUUGA